AUGGGAUUUCACAAGAUCAGCCGUGACGUGAAACUCGUGGCAAUUCGACUCCAUGAACGGAACCUUCUGAGCCUUCCGGACAUCUUAGAUUCCUGCGGAUUUUCUGAACGCACUUGGUUUCGGAUUUUGAGGCUCUGGCGUGAAACUGGUGAUGUUGUGAACCAUCAGCCUAGCGCAGUAAUGCGUGGUCGUCUGCGUGCUCUCAAUUGUGAAGAUAUUGAUUGCCUGCUUCUCCAUUUCACGACAAUCUUCCGCGAGCUCGAACGUGCUGACAUGAGCUACAAGAAACUCAAGCGCAUUGCCAAUAGAGAACGCAAUGAGACUCUGCGUGCUGCAUUCAUCGCCCGCAUGGCUCAGUAUGACCCAUCAGAGUUGGGAUUUAUUGACAAGACAUCAAAAGAUGAGCAAACACCUGGUAGACACUACGGACGAUCGAGGAUGGGCACACAAGCCCUCCUCACACUGGAUGGCAUUGUUGCUGCAACUGUCGUUGAAGGCUCUAUGACCCAGGAGUUGUUCCUAGAGUGGCUUGAGAAAAUUGUCGUGAGUCUCGUAAUGAAUAUGUAUUGUCGAAUCUCGAUGUACUAA